AAAAUAAAAGUUGCAAAAUUGAAGAAGACGUGCUUGCGUUGGGCAACAAAUGGAAUGGAUUUAUUAAUUUUAUUUGUAAAUGGAUCCAUUGUAAAUAAGAAAUAAAUAGUGUAUUAUACUCUUGUGUUGACAUCUAUUGUAACAAUUGGAAAAAUACAACGACCAGACCCCAAUAACCGUGGUGUUAUCAAGGUGAAUAAUAAGGCUAAAAUAAUAACAUGAAUCACCGUGGCAAAUAAUUGACAAAAAUUAGAUCAACUAAAACCCUAGAACUGUUCACUUCGCUCUAUUUGGUGAAUAGUUCAACCUAGACCGAAAAGAGAAACCAAAUCAUGGAUUCCAUUCCAAACACAACGAAGACAUAAUUCAAUUAGUGAUAAAAACCCAACAAAAAGUAACGAACAAAACAAAAGCCACUAACGAAAAAAGACCACAAACAACCAAUAGCAACAAUGAAAACGAGACAUAAACGCAUUUACAAAUAUGCCGCUGUGAUAGCCGGCGUUUUCCUUUUAGAUUUUUUCGGUGUAUUCACACAUUUCUUUGAAUUGGAAUAUGAAACGAAAUUCCACUAUCCCAUGGAUGGUGAUGUGCUGAAGUAUGCCGAAGCUCGCAAAAAUAAACAAAGUCAUAUCGACGAUGGAAGUGAAGAAGUGCCAAAUCCCAUUAAUUUAUACAAUUUUACAUUUCUACAUCAACGCCAAUGCGAUGCUGUGGAAGCCAAAAAACCACAAUUGACGCUGUUGAUCAAAUCAGCACUGGGCAAUGUGGAGCGACGUGAGGCCAUACGACGUACCUGGGGCUAUGAACAACGAUUUUCCGAUGUCCAUAUACGUAGGGUGUUUCUGCUGGGUGCCAGUAUGGAUUCCAAGCUAAUGGAUAUUGCCGACCGAGAGGCUAGAGAAUAUGGUGAUAUAGUGCAAUCAGAUUUUAUUGAUGCUUACUUUAACAAUACCAUCAAAACCAUGAUGGGCUUUAAAUGGGUUGUGGAACGUUGUCCGAGGGCCCAGUAUUACAUGUUUGUCGAUGAUGAUUAUUAUGUGUCCAUGAAAAAUGUGCUGCGUUUUAUAGCUCAUCCAGCUUUAUAUCCAGAGAAUGCCAUAUCAUUGAACAGCAUGUGGGAAAAGAAAGCCAGUGCCGAGCAUGAGAAACUAUUUGCUGGUUUUGUUUUCCAAUCGAGACCGUUGCGCCAUAAAUUUAGCAAAUGGUUGGUUACUCUCAAAGAGUAUCCAUUUAAUCGUUGGCCUCCCUAUGUUACAGCGGGAGCGUUUAUUUUAUCCCGAGCAGCUUUAACAGAUAUUUACUAUGUCAGCCAGUAUACCAAACAUUUUCGUUUCGAUGACAUCUAUUUGGGUUUGGUUGCACUGAAGGCUCGCAUCAAUCUCACCCAUUGUGGAAAUUUCCAUUUUCAUCGGCCGCGUUAUAGCGGUCCGGAUAGUUAUCGUUUUGUUGUGGCUUCGCAUGAGUUUGACGACAGCCAUGAAAUGGAACGUAUUUGGAAUGAAUGCCGAUCAUCAAAUUAUGCUUAAAAUAUAUUGGUUGUUACACAUCCCGAAGGACAGAAUGACAGACAUGCAAACAAAAAUACAAAUUAUUCCAAAGGUUGAAUAUACAAUUUAUUUAAAAUAAAUAAUACAUUUAAAGUAUUUAACAUAUCAAGAAAAAAACAA